UAGCCAUAGGCACGGAAUCAGAGAGGGUGAGGGUCGUGUGAAUGUGAAGAAACCAAACCAAACCAAACCACUUACCACUCAGUCACUCACUCACUCACUCUCGUCGGCCCUGGGUAUGGAUUCCGUUGUCCUUCACAGUGUGAGUGCGUCAUCAGCGGCGUCGUCGUCGUCUACGCCCUCAAUGGCGAAGCGUCCAUGUCCGUCGCAAAACCCUAGAGUGGAGAACCUGAGCGAUGUGGAGCGUCUUCUGGACGCGUUUCUCUCCCUCUCCGACCUCCCUUCUCUCGCCCUCGAUCUCUCCUUCGAGAGGCUUCUCCAAUCGGUCCCCUCCGACCCCGAUCUUAUCGAUCGCGCUCUUAAAAUGGGUUCUCUCCUCCUUGACGCCGCCAAACACUCCUCUCGGAAACGCGCUUCCAACCACAAUUCCCUCGCCUGGCCCCUCCCUCCGGACCUCACCAUCAAGGUGUUCUCAAUGCUUGAUACCCAGAGCCUGUGCUAUGCAUCAGCUACUUGUUCAAUGUUUAGCAAAUGUGCUAAAGAUCCUCUGUGCUAUACAAAUCUUGAUUUGACAACACUUGUUCCGAAGGUUAACAAUGCAGUAGUUGCUACGAUGAUUCAGCGAGCUGGAAAGGCACUAAGGUCUCUUAAGCUUGGUGUUGUCCCUGGCGCUACUACUUCACUUGGAUCUUGUCCACCAUUUGUUUGUACCAUAAGAAAUGCUAUUGUAGAAGUAUCAAACUUUUCAUGGAAUGAUAAGAGAUCUCGACAAGGGAGGGAGUCAUCCAUUCUAACAAGGUGUUGCUUAAGCCCUUUAAGUGGUGAUGGUGGUGCCCCAGGGGCUCUUUUAAGAAAGUUACACUUGUAUAAUAUUGAGAGAAUGGAUAAUGCAUCCCUUGGUGCAGCAUUGUCUGCAUGCCCAUCUCUCCUUGAUUUGGAAAUUGUUGGGCUCCAUGUUGAGCUGAGGCAAACAUUAAUGUCAGUAAGUGCAAACUGCCACUUGAUAGAGCGCUUGUUUUUCGAGUCUUCUAAAACAGGUAGAGAUGACAGCUUGAAAGCACAAACCUGUUUUGAGCUAGUAAACAAUUGUCCUCAUCUAACUUCUUUAUCCCUUAGAGGGUUUAAGCUACAUGAUUGCAAAGUUCGUGUAUUGGUUAAGGGAUUUAGGAAAUUGAAGUAUGUUGACUUUUCAACGUCUUAUUCAAUCACUGGUAACUUCUUAAGAAACCUUGGAAGCUGCAAUGGGGGAAAUUUUCUUGAGGUCUUAAUUUUAAGGGAUUGCAUGCAUCUCAAAGAGAUGGAAGUCGCGAGGCUGUUGACUGCAAUUCUUGCUGGAGAUUUCAAAUUUCUUGUACAUCUUGAUAUAUCCAAUAGGGAAGGUUUAGCAUCUGAGGCUGAUUGGUAUCACAGGUGCUACAACUCUAGUAUUAUGCCUAUAAAACAGGUUUUGGAAACGAGACCUGAUAUGUGUGUGGUGGCUGAAUAUCCAUCAGCAGAAGGAAGUUAUAUGGAGACAUUUGAUGCUGAUAUGAAUAGUGAGAUAAGUCUGCCCUCACAAUUGAGUAGCCACACGUCAGAUGGAUCAAUUUUUAUGAGUACAUCUGAAAGCAGCUACAAUAGUGAUCAGGGAAGUGGCAAUGAGGAUGGUCAAGAUGCCAACUACGUGAUAUACGAGGAAAGCUCAGAUGAGAUUGACUUUUUGUCCCUCUAGGGAAUCCUCAUUGUGAGGCAUCAUUCAAGAAGGACAACAAUCUGGUGAACUUGCUUUGUCCGCCUCUGGGAGUUUCCUAACAUUGGGAUUUGAAUUUACGGACUAGGGGAGCUGUGGGGAAGAACGAUGCCACAGGAUGGGUGUCAACGACGGAUCUGGAUUUUUCAGCUUUCAACUUGUCCUUCUCCUAAUUGAUGUUCUUCAUUGUGGAAUUUUCAAUCUGGAGGACAAUUAGAGGCUGGUUGUUGUUUUAAAGUUGGCAUUUGUUUCAAUAUUUGCAAUAUUGUCAAUAUAUUGCUGCUUCAUCGCGCAGGCUUCCCAAAAAAAGAGGUUAUUUUUCCUCGGCAUCAAUCCAUGUAGUGAUGGAAUUUAUUUUUGGUGCUAAUGUAGAAGAGGUCUCCAAUUAUGUAUUUUGUACCCCUUUUAGUUAAUAUACGCAAAUAAAAUUAAGUAAACACAUCUUUGUUUACUUUCUAAUAGUAAUCGGUAAUAGGAGAUGGGCAGGUCAUGGAUCACUCUAUCAUGAAUGAACAUGGGCAGUUGAUCAAACACAUCCUAUUCACGAGAGGUGACAUCCCUGAAAAAAUGUAUAACUCGCACGCAUUUCGUGCACUACACAAAUUAUGGAAUUGUUGUAAUAUUCUUCCCUGCCCACUCUUAAAGAUGACAAAAUUAUAUACCUGAGGGGCAAAUAUUUAAUGUAAUUUAAAGAUCUCCGAUCCCGACUUUGGAAUUCUUCGUGUUGCAAUAUUUUGGCUUGGCGGGAGAUGAUUGAACCGUUUUGGGUAUCUACAAAACAUGGAGUAAUUCUUAGUCGA